CGGGGGGCGAGUGGUCGCGGCGGCCGCCGUGUCCGUGAAGGGAAGGGGAGGGCAGGGGAGGCGAGGCUGAGAGAGGCCCCCUGGCGCACGGCCAGAGCGGCGCUGAGUGUGACCGCGGCGGGAGGCGGAGCGACGAGCUCCGGGAGAGGGUUGCGGCCCGUUACCAUGGAAACCGCCGCCCGGAGGGAGAGCAAGAAGGCGCUGCGGGUGAAAGUCAUCACUCUGGGCAGCGCCGAGGUGGGCAAGAGCUGUAUCAUCAAACGCUAUUGUGAGAAGAGAUUUGUCCCAAAAUAUUUGGCGACUAUUGGGAUUGACUAUGGAGUUACAAAGGUUCAGAUGAGGGAUCGUGAGAUUAAAGUUAACAUCUUUGACAUGGCGGGUCAUCCAUUUUUCUAUGAGGUGCGAAAUGAGUUUUACAAAGACACGCAAGGGGUGAUCCUGGCUUAUGAUGUUGGGCAGAAGGAAUCCUUCAAAGCACUGGAAAGUUGGCUCACUGAGAUGAAGCAAGAACUUGGACCUCAUGCAAACAUGGAAAACAUUGUGUUUGUUGUAUGUGCUAAUAAGGUGGACUGUGGGAAACGGCGCGUGAUUGAUGAGAGUGAGGGGCGUCUCUGGGCUGAGAAUCGUGGAUUCUACUACUUUGAAACCUCAGCACAAUCUGGUGAGGGUAUCAAUGAGAUGUUCCAGACUUUCUUCUCGUCGAUCCUUGACAUGUGUGAGAAUGGUAAGCGUCCUCAGUCCAACCUUAGCCUGGGGUUCACCAAAGAGCAGGCCGACACCAUCCGCAGGAUACGGAAUAGCAAGGAUAGCUGGGAGAUACUGGGAAUGAAGCCUGGAGCAUCCAGGGAUGAUGUAAACAAGGCGUACCGGAAGCUGGCGAUGCUCCUUCACCCGGACAAGUGUCUCGCACCGGGGAGUGAAGAUGCCUUCAAAGCAGUUGUCAACGCGCGGACCGUGCUGCUGAAAAACAUCAAGUAAGAACGGGGUGAUGAUUCUGAAACAGAAUGAGAAGCAUCCUCUCCACCUGCUGUGUGUUAACAUUCACUGGAACUAAGGAGCUAAUAAAUGUCAUUUAAUGUUUGGCAUGAGCGCAGGACAAAUAAACAUGAACGUUUACGUGG